AUGGGCACAAAAGCCUUCACCAUCACAAUAAUAGGCGGCGGCAUAGGAGGCCUAACCCUAGCAGCAGGUCUCCUCCGCCGAAACGUCCGCGUGCAGAUCUACGAAGCCGCAUCUGAGUUCGCAGAAACCGGCCUCGGCCUCUCCAUGGGACCCGCCGCACACCGCGCAAUGCCAUUGAUUGAUCCCCAGAUCUGGGAAAGCUACGACUCCCUCGUUACGACUCACGCUGAUAGUCCCGGCUACGAGUCCUUCAAAGACACAUGGUUCGAGGUAAUUUGGGCUAGCGGGGAGAAGGAGGGGGAUCUGUUGAUGGAUCUUAAGGCGUUGCCGUCUGGUCAGACAACGGUGAGACGGGCCGAUUUUUUGGAUGCGCUUAUUAGUUUAGUGCCGAGUGAGAUUGUGCAUUUUGGCAAGAGGCUGGACAAACUUUUUGAGCGUGAAAAUAGGGUGCAGUUGAACUUUGAUGAUCGGACGACUGUGAGCGCUGAUUUUGUGAUCGGAUGUGAUGGGAUCAGGUCGAAGGUUAAGGAGUCUAUGCUUCCUGAGGAGUCGAAGCGCACCCGGCCUAGGUAUAGUGGUAUGUAUGGGUAUCGCGCUGUGCUGGGUAUGAAGGAUAUGGUUGAUGCUGUCGGCGAUCAGCGGGCGAGGGUGUCGACGAUGUAUAUUGGGGAUGGUGCUUACGGGAUUUCAUAUCCGAUUAUGCGGGCGGAAAAGGUGAAUGUAGGGGUUUAUGUUUUGAAUGAUAAGUGGGAUUAUGAUACUUGGGUGAGGAAGGCGACAAAGGAAGAUAUGCUGCGUGAUACUAGGAAUAUGGGGAGAUACGUGAAGUCGCUUGUUGAGAUAAUACCGGACCCUUCACAGUGGGCGAUCUUUGAGCAUCCCCAUAUUUCUACUUUCGCUCAGUCGCAUGUCGCUAUUCUUGGGGAUGCAGCCCAUGCUUCUACACCGCAUCAGGGUGCUGGUGCUGGGCAAGCUAUCGAAGAUGCACAUGUGCUUUCAGAACUUAUUGGCGACAGUCGCGUCAAGACUGCACAAGAUGUCAUGGCGGCUUUCAAGGCAUACGAUGAAACACGACGUCCUCGCAGUCAAAGAGUCGUCACUAGUAGCAAAGAAACUGCGAGUUUGCUCUGUUUGUGCAUGGAUGGUGUCGGAGAUAACGAGGCAAAGCUCAAGGAUACUUUCCAGCAACGUCUACGCUGGCUUUGGGAUUUGGAUGUGCAGGAUCAAGUAGAGCAAGCAAGAGGAAAGAUGGUUGCUUAUAUGGAAUCCCAAAAGUUUAAUUCUGCCUUGUCUCCACUAUGA